CUGAGGGGUGCUGUUCAACUCAACUCAUUGAUGGGGAUGGUAACUUCAAUGUUGCUGGAAUUGAAAAUUUCAUGAAGGAAGUUAGGCUAGCAGAAUUUGGACUUUCAUACGUUGUAGUAUCAAUAAUGGGUCCACAGAGUAGUGGAAAGAGUACAUUGUUAAACCAUCUAUUUCAUACAAAUUUUCAAGAGAUGGAUGCUUUUAGGGGAAGGUCACAAACAACAAAAGGAAUUUGGAUGGCUCGUUGUGUUGGGAUUGAGCCUUGCACACUUGUCAUGGAUUUAGAAGGCACUGAUGGAAGAGAGCGUGGAGAGGAUGAUACAGCAUUUGAGAAGCAAAGCUCCUUGUUUGCCCUUGCUGUUUCUGAUAUUGUUCUAAUUAACAUGUGGUGUCAUGAUAUUGGUCGUGAGCAAGCAGCAAACAAGCCUCUAUUGAAAACGGUUUUCCAGGUCAUGAUGCGUUUAUUUAGUCCCCGCAAAACAACUUUGAUGUUUGUUAUACGCGAUAAAACAAGGACACCUCUUGAAAAUUUGGAGCCUGUUUUGAGGGAAGAUAUUCAGAAGAUAUGGGAUUCUGUCCCAAAGCCACAAACUCACACAGAAACUCCUCUAAGUGAAUUUUUUAAUGUUGAGGUUGUGGCUCUUAAUAGUUUUGAAGAGAAAGAAGAACAAUUCAAAGAGCAGGUGGCUAGUCUAAGACAGAGGUUUGUUCACUCUAUUGAACCGGGUGGGCUUGCUGGAGAUAGGCGGGCAGUUGUUCCUGCUUCUGGUUUUUCAUUUAGUGCACAGCAGAUGUGGAAAAUCAUCAAGGAAAACAAGGAUCUUGAUCUUCCAGCACACAAGGUCAUGGUAGCCACUGUACGGUGUGAAGAAAUUUCAAAUGAAAAAUAUGCCGCUUUUACUGCGAAUGAGUAGGAAUGGUGUCAAGUAGAGAAGGCAGUCCA